AUGUCUUUUGAAUUUGACGAUGGGGGUGAGGUCAUACAUUCCUUGGGAAAUCGAACCGUCAUCCGUUAUGGAGAGGACAAAGUAGUUAAGUCUGGGUCGAUCAAUAUCAAUGAAGCAGAUACGUUGCGAUUUGUGGCGGAAAACACCACUAUCCCUGUUCCUCGUGUGCACGCAGUACGUCAGGAUGGAUACCGAAAAGCAAUUGUUAUGGACUACAUGCCUGGCACUCCCCUUGAAGAAGCCUGGGAGACCUUGACUCACGACCAAAGGAUAUCUGCUACCCGUCAAAUUGGUUCUUAUAUAUCCCAACUCCGUCGCCUGAAAGGGUCGUUUAUUGGCGGGCUGAAUCGGUGCCAAGCGACGGUUGGUCGAUAUGAUCGUGUAAGUUGCGGACCAUUCGACAAUGAAAAGGAUUUCAAUGAAUUCCUUCUUUCGAGGAUUAUUAAACAGGCACCAUCAACUCUGCGACAUUAUGCCAAAGCCUGUCUUAAAGAAAACCACGACAUUAUCUUUUCCCAUGGUGACCUGGCGCCGCGAAACAUUCUUGUGGAUCAACAUGGCAAUAUCACUGCAAUUAUUGACUGGGAGGACGCUGGGUGGUAUCCAGAAUAUUGGGAACACUACAGGGCUUUGAGGCAGUUGAAUCCAAUGCCUGGAUGGCCAGACUAUUUUAAUUACAUGCUUCCGCCUUGUUACGAGGAGGAGUAUGUAGGAAUUUCUUUCUUGUCAUCAAUUUCAGCUUUUUGA